AUGGCGCUGCUUCAGAAGCUGCUCGAAGAUCGCUUCCAGCUCCUGCUCGAGGAGGUGGACAAGCGGCUCCUCGAGCAGCGGCAGCUCCUGGAAACCAUGCUUCGCGGUCACCUGCCUGCGACAGUCUCAGAAGAGCCCGCGCAGGUCCACUCCUCGUCGGUGGUGAAACCAGGUGUCGACCUGACCAGACCAGCAGAACUGCCCGUGCACACGGAUCUGCAGCCGAUCCUGGAGGACGCAACACUGGCAGUGACGGCCCUGAAGUCGCAGGACUUGCCGUCGGCGGGUAUGGCAAGCGAGAAAGCGCCGACGUUGACCCCACAAACAUCACGGAGGGGCUCCACUAAGAACGGAGCUCUGGCGUCCAUGGAAGUGUCGCGCUUCUCGAAGCAGAACUCCUACGAGCAAGCCGUCGCGGCGGAGCAGAGUGGCAACUUUUUACCACGGCGCAGCGACCCAAAGUCCGUUCUCCGGACGUUCAAAUCUGCGGGUACACGAGACCUCACUGCUACGAACACACGGCUUGGCCAGCUGCUUGCGCCGUUGGUGCUCACCUGGCAGUUCGAGUUCUUCUACGCAGCUUUGAUCCUGUCGCAUGCGGGCCUCCUCGGCGCUCAGAUUGAAUGGGAGGCUGCACACCUGGGGGAAAGUCCUCCAGAUGUCAUGGUCUACACACAUCUGGCCUUUACUUUCCUCUUCAUGCUGGAAAUCGUGCUGCGCAUGACCACCAUCGGUGUCAGGAAGUUCUUUACCUCGGGUGAGUACGGCUGGAACAUCUUCGACUUGUUGAUGGUCUCGCUGUCCGUUGUGGAGCUGCUGGUGGACCUCAUCUUGCAGGAGAACUUUGCCUCUGGGACCUUUCGAAUCCUGAGAAUUCUGCGGCUGGCUCGCUCGGCACGAGGGCUGCGGAUUAUUCGGCUGAUCCGAUUUAUCCGCCCUCUUCGGAUCCUGGUGUUCUCCAUUGGCAUCACUCUCAAGUCUCUGAUCUGGUCCGUCGUCCUCCUUCUUCUGAUCAUCUAUCUGUUUUCCAUCCUCUUCUCCGAUGCCUACCUGACCACCAUGACCAUGGCAACAGACCCCAAAGUCGAAGUCGACGAGCUGCGAGACUUCUUCGGAAGCCUGCAGAUCUCAAUGUUCACGCUUUUCGCGGCCAUCUCCGGAGGGUUGGAAUGGAGGCACGCUAUGUCAUCUUUGAACGUGGUUGGCUGGGUGUGGACGUCCCUCUUCAUUCUGUAUAUCUCGUUUUGCUGCUUUGCUGUGUUAAAUGUGAUGACGGGGGUGUUUUGCCAUUCUGCAAUCGCCGGUGCGGAGCAAGACCAUGAGUUCAUGGUCCAGUCCAUGGUGGGCGAACAGGAACGGAUACGGACAGUCUUCGGUGAGCUCUUCCAGAUGAUGGACCAUGACGAGAGCGGCAUGAUCACGAUAAAGGAGUUCGAACAUGGUUUCAAGGUGGAGAGCACGAGGGCAUGGUUCGAAGCGUUGGGCAUCAAGGCUGAGGAUGCAUGGACAAUCUUCCGUAGCCUGGAUCGAGAUGGGGAUCACAGAAUCGGGAUCAGUGAGUUUGUGGAGGGCUGCAUCAACAUCCGCGGGCCCGCGAGGGAGGUCGACUUGAUGCGACAGUCCCAGAGGACACACCAACAACUGCAGGCAGUUGAAGGAACUCUGGUGGACAGCCUCGUCCUUUUGAAGGACGUCGCUGCGCAGCUCAUUGACACUUCGGAGUCCAUCAGGGCAUCGCAAUCUCACGGUGUCCACGGCAUACAGGCCCCUGAAGCCCAGCUGCUCCAACAAAAGACUGCAGACUCCUCGCACCUGCAACGCGUCGAGGAGGGCAGCUCUCCAAGUGCUAUUUAG